CCAGUCUUGCCUUCCUCGAUUGUCAACAUGACGAGGCUGGCAAUUAUGUCCACUCAGCAACAAGGCUGAACUGAAUUCACACCACCACACACUGUCAUCGCACCACAAUAUCCCAAGCCACCACCAUCACCACCACCACCAGUAAAUUGUUUCUCAAGUCUCAUCAUACCCCAGGCUCUUCUCUACCUCCUAUUUCCUCUCUCCCUUCGACUAUCAUUCGCAUAUAACAUGGCUCAGAAAGCAGCCAAAUCCCUCGCAGUGCGCAAUACUUCACGCCUGAAACAAACCCAUUUAAUUACUCUUGCCCUCCACUCCCUUUUUCUCUUCUUGAGCUUCACCCUCCGCCGAUCGCUUUCCCUCAACCGCUACGUCCUUUUCUCGCUGCCCGGCCUAUUCAUCGAAUUCUACCUCGACCGCCUUGCCCGCCCUUCCUAUAAGCCCGAUGGGACCUUGCGACGCGCAGGUGAAGACCUUGACGCCAAGGGUCUGACCGAGUUCAUGUGGGAUGUCCUGUAUUGGGGAUGGAUCAACUUGAUCUUUGUCAUGGUUUUUGGAAACCGCGCUUGGUGGCUGUACUUGGUCGUCCCGAGCUACGCCGCUUAUUCGGCGUAUACGACGGCGACGGGGUUGAGAGGUCAGUUGAAUGGCUUGGCUGGUGGCGGCGCUGAAGGUGGCACUGAGCCUCAGAGUAAGAGGCAGCAAAAGAUGGAGAAGCGCGGUGGUCAAAAGGUGGCUUAUCGAUGAGGCAGUUCAUGCACAAUAACAAUAAAACAAGCCAGACUUAAAUACACUGACAUAAUGUCC